AUGAAGAAGCAGACCAGUGGUCGAGGGGCAGUUCCCUCAACCAAGACCAACGACGGUCUCUUUGGCGACGACUUUCGCACCUCGAAAAAAGACAAGCGCACCAUCAAGCAUUCCAGUUUCAUCUCCAAGAUCGAAAAGAAUUCGAAGAAGCCCCCCCAAAAGCGACGCGCGUCGAAGAAACUUGCGACCUUGGAUUCUCUGGCCGACGCGCUUCCCGACGCAGAUACCGAAGAACAGCAGCAGGGUCCCAAUAGUCAAGUGAACAUCAUCAAGCAGAAGACGUUGAAGCAUAAGCCAGGGGCCGAGAAGCGCAGACAGAACCUGGAGAAGUUGGAACGCGAUCGGUUUGCCAGAAACAUGGCACAAAUGACGGCCAUGGACACUACCCAGGAAGCGGCAGCGCCAACCACAACAGAGGGAGCUAGUAGUACGGCUACAGAGGAGACAAACGGGUCCGCGAACAGAUGGGCAGCUCUGCGCAGUUUUAUCUCGCAGACCAUGGAGCAGCAGCCCGUGUUCAAAGCAAACAAAUGA